AGGUCUAGGAGGCUCCAGUCCUAACAGAAACUUCCUACCAGGUGGUGGCGGUAUUAAUGUAUAACGUCGUCGGACACCCGUAGAAAGAAGAAGAGGAAGACAAAUAUCUCUUUCCUUAAAACUACAGGCCUCUGAAACGUCUCAAGUCGUUCCUUUGAAGCCAUGACGAGGUGGGCGAGAGCCAAUAACGUCCACAAACACAAAGCAGCUGAGGCAACUCCCUGGAAUCAGCUUAGAGCAGCCGGAAGAAGAGGAGCAGGAAGAGAUGGAAGUCGCUCUGCUGGGGCUUCACAAGAUCAGAGGGACCCUUUAAGAAACACUUGCAGUUCUGGGAAGAAGCCUAACCGCAAAAAGAAAGAAUUUAUCAGUGAGGAUGUAAAUGGGUUCCUGGAGUACCUGAAGCAGAGUGGACAGGCCCUGCCUCUAGGAAAGGAAGGAGAGAAGGAAUCAGAACUGGAGCUCAGGGAGAAGGUGGGGGUGGCCCUGAAGAGAGACAAGAGGAGAGAGGACAGGAGGGUAAAGAGGCAGACGGACAAGAAGAAUAAGAUGGUGUGCUUUAAUUGCAGGAAGCCCGGUCACGGUUUGGCCGACUGUCCCGAAGCUGACAGAGACGAGGAGAUGGGCCGAGGCAUCUGCUUUCGCUGCGGCUCCACCGAACACGAGAUCCAUAAGUGCAGAGCCAAAGUGGACCCGGCUCUGGGUGAAUACCCGUAUGCCAAGUGCUUUAUCUGUGGUCAGACUGGACACUUGUCACGCUCCUGCCCUGACAAUCCCAAAGGACUCUAUGCACAAGGUGUCCACACACACACACACACGAGGCAGCUGUCGUGUUUGUGGUUCAGUGGAACAUUUUCAGAAGGACUGUCCAGAGCACCAGGCAGCGACUAACUCAGUGACUCUGGGCUGGUUGUCCAACAAUAUGAGCGCCGACCUGGAGGACAUUCACAUUCCAGUGAAGAAAGCCAAACCCAAGGCACCCAAAGUGAUAACCUUCUGAUGGGACUUUGGAGCAGGACUCAGACUCUCAAUGGAAAGCUGGUCUUCGUCACCUGGUGGACUCUAAGAAACAAACUAAUGAGCCUUCAAAGGCACUGAAGUUCUGUAAAGUUUUUUGUUUGAGCUGCUUGUUUAAAUGUUUCCUGUGAUGUUAGCUUACAUGAUGUGUUUGAGAUGAAUUAUCAUGGAGUAAGGUAGGGUCUGAAUGCUUGCUGACUUUUGGAGACAUUUUACCAAAUAGAUCAUUAUACCUGCUACAACCAGAGGAGGGCAGUCUUUAGUUAGUCUGCAGCACGUCAGAUCUUGGAACAAUAUUUAGGUUCAGAAGCAGCGCAGCAUUUUGUCAACAUAAACAAACAUGAUAGCCUUACUGGAGCUGUGUACAGAUGGUGUUUAUGUACAUCUGCAGAAGGCAUUUACUAAUUUCAUUUAAUCAGACAUCAUCUGAACAGCAUUUUUAAUAGAGAUGGACUGGAACUAUGAUUUAAAGUAAAUUUCAGAACUCCUAAACCCAUAUACAGUACAAAAUAAAUGUCUACAAUUUGCUAA